AUGACCGCGAAAACGGCUCUUCUGGUUCUAGCGACGACGCUCGUCGCCGCGACGAUCGCGACGCCGGUCGAUCCGGAAAGGACGGAGGUGUUCCGCUUCCUACGAGCGUACGGUUUUCUGAGGUACGGCGGAGGAUCGUUGUCGCCCGACAACGCGACGUUUCUGCGUCGCGCGCUGUCGCUGUUUCAAGAAUAUUAUCGACUACCUGGUAACGGCGCGCUAAACAUCGAUACGCUCAAUCUCAUGCGUAAACCGCGAUGCGGACUAGCGGACAUUCCCGAUCGCGCGUACAGCCCGUUCGCGAAGAGAUGGCCGAAAACGAGACUCACGUGGAAUUUUCAAGUGGCUAGCGAGGAACUCCUACGAACGACCGAAGCAGCAUUCGUGUUAUGGGCGGCGAAUUCAUCGUUAAAGUUCGUACGCGAUUCGCUACGUCCCGAUAUAUUAAUAUCAUAUCGAACAGGCGCUCACACUUAUGCGAAUCGCGAGAACGGCGACGUUUGCCCAGCGGCUUUCGAAGGUCCGGGAGGAGCCCUCGCUCACGCGUUCUUCCCCACCGGAACAGCCGAUUUCGCCUUGGAGGUGCACGUCGACGACGAGGAACCGUGGCACGUGCACCUGAACAAGAAUCCUUCUAACAAGUAUCAUCUACUUCGAACGCUAACUCAUGAGAUCGGUCACACCUUAGGUCUGCAACACAGUAUGCGCAAUGACUCGGUGAUGUUUCCAUAUAUACCCGACAACGAGCUUCAAUAUCCGGUCAAGCUAAGCUUGGAGGAUAUUCUCGCUAUACAGAAUCUGUACGGAUCUCGCGACGACGGGGAUCACCCCGCGAUUCCCGCGACCACCGCGACACCCGCUACCACUGCGGCGCCCGCGACGACCGAUCUCGCGCCGACCGAUCCGUCGCGUGCGGAUCUUCGCGCCUUAUGGCGCUUAGACGUAGCCUUAAUAAUGAAUCGGCGUUUAUAUAUAUCCAAUCGACGCAACUUAUGGUCGAUCGACCUAACCGAGAAACGUUACGGUAAGCCCAUGAUGAUAACGGAAUACGCGACGUUUCUCCCGAGCAACUUUACGCGUCUAUCCGCCGCGUAUCAAAAACCCUCCGGCGAUCUCGCGCUAUUCGCUGACGACAAAAUCUAUCUCGCGGAAUAUCCCAGUCUUAGAUUGAAACCGGGUUGGCCCAGAUCCCUUCAUAGCAUCGGAUUUCCUCGAAACUCUAGGAUCAACGCCGCGGUAAACGCGCACUCGGGAUGA